ACUUCCGUUCAUUGACCCCCUAGUCACGAGUUAAGCAUCAGGAAGUACGUAGUCGUCACACACCUUAAAUGUCGGCUGGUCCAAACGACACAUUCCCCGUCAGCGAGAAAACCUCCGGUGCAAGUAUGAGCUACGGCGCAACAGCGCCACCUGGCUAUGAUAACCCAAACUACAUCUACCAGACCCUGCCCAGCAGCGCCGCCCAGCACACCAGGGUGGGACAGCAGGCUUUUGUGGAGUCUGACCGUUUAAUCGAGAUGCACCGUGCCCAGCAUUCUUUGGAAGACGAUAAGGAAGAUAUGGACAUCUACAGCACAAAGGGGCAUGUAAAGGUCACCUUUGACGAGAUCUUCAACGAGCCGAAGAAUGUCACAAGUUUUGAGCCGAUUCGAACUGUCAAUUCUGUCGUCUUCGAGUACACACAGGGUGGAGUCUACAAAAUACUAUCCGCCGGUUUGGGUGUGAUACUGGCCGUUGUGUGGGGCCUGGCGUUCGGUCUGUUCAACUUCUUCAUCGUGUGGUUUGUCCACCCCUGGCUGAAGAUGUGCUUUAUGGGCAUACGGCUCUUCGGUCUGACCAUAAAGGCCAUCGUCCGCACGUGCAUUGACCCGUUCUUCCAGUCCUUGGGUCUGUCCCUCAGCACUAUCGCAGGCAGAUUCAGCCUCAAGCUGUCCGGCAUCCCGGGACCGAGAGCGGAUCCAGAGAACGCCAUUCAAAACAACCAAUGAGA